AGUUUUUGUUGUUCUCUUCUCUCUCUUUCCUUGUCUGCCACACAUCACACCCAAACAGUCUUCAGCAUUGCAGUCUCUGCAACACUGCUGCACCUUAAGCAUACAGACGAGCGAAACCAGCAAAAGAGUAAACACAAGUAAUAAUACCAACAAUUAUUAGCAUUAAUAGCCACUUCAAAAACCACAUCAAAAAACUCAUUUUUAUUAUAUAUAUAUCCUAAUGAAAGCUGUAUUUGAUGCCUACCCAAAAGCCCAUUCACUCAAAGAGAAAAAGAAAGUAAAAGGAAAGAACCCAAAAAAGAAACAAAAGGAAAAUUUGGCAGACAGUGAAAGGUGAGUGAGUGAGUGAGUUUUCUAAUGCCAAAGUUCUUUUUGGAGUAUUAUUGGGUCAGGUUCUUUCGCCAAUGCCAAAGCUUUUCUUCACGCUCUUCAUGAUAUAUCACUCUCUUUCAUCUUCUUCUAUACGAGUAACAACUAACACUUUCCUUUUUCUCUCAUCAUCUUCACUAGCUUCCAUUUUUUCUUCCUAUCAUGGGUUUCAUUGAUCUCAACACUACUGAGGAUGAUGAAACACCGUCUUCGAGUAUAGCUUGUGGUCCUCUUGGUUCUGUUUGUUUCGAGCUCUGGCAUGCUUGUGCUGGUCCUAUGAUCUCUUUGCCGAAGAAAGGGAGUGUUGUUGUUUACUUCCCUCAAGGACACUUGGAACAUGUUCAUGAUUUUCCGCUGUCUUUCUCUGAGGAUAUACAUAUACCCUCUCAUGUGUUCUGUCGUGUUGUUGAUGUUAAACUUCAUGCUGAGGAAAGGAGCGACGAGGUUUAUUGUCAGGUGUUGUUGGUUCCUGAAAAUGAGCAAAAGUUGAGGGAGGGAGAAGUUUAUGCUGAUGGUGAAGGGGAAGAUACGGACGCUGUUAUGAAGUCGACAACACCUCAUAUGUUCUGCAAGACUCUGACUGCUUCUGAUACUAGCACUCAUGGUGGAUUCUCCGUGCCUCGUCGAGCAGCUGAAGAUUGCUUUCCACCCCUGGAUUACUCUCAACAAAGACCUUCGCAAGAGCUUGUGGCGAAGGAUCUGCACGGCCAGGAGUGGAAGUUUCGCCAUAUUUAUAGAGGGCAGCCACGAAGGCAUUUGCUUACAACUGGAUGGAGUGCAUUUGUUAACAAGAAGAAACUUGUAUCUGGAGACGCUGUUCUUUUCCUCAGGGGUGAGGAUGGAGAGCUGAGAUUGGGAAUCCGUAGGGCAGCUCAAUUGAAAAACUGCGGUAACUUUUCAUCCCUCUCUGGCCAGCAGUUGAAUCUUGGAAGCCUUACAGAUGUAGUUAAGGCUUUAUCUACUAGAUGUGCCUUUAGUGUUCACUAUAAUCCGAGGGUUGGUUCGUCUGAGUUUAUCAUACCUAUCCACAAAUUCUUGAAGAGCCGUGAUUAUUCUUACUCAGUUGGAAUGAGGUUCAGGAUGCGUUUUGAGUCUGAAGAUGCUGCAGAGCGAAGGUUCACGGGAUUAAUAAUCGGAACUUCUGAUGUGGAUCCUGUUAGAUGGCCUGGGUCGAAAUGGAAAUGCUUAAUGGUAAGGUGGGAUGACUUGGAAGCGUCGAGGCUUAACAGGAUUUCACCAUGGGAGAUAGAGCCCGCUGGCUCAGCUUCCACUACCAAUUGUUCAAUGGCAGCUAGUUUGAAGAGGACCAAGAUUGGAUUACCUUCAACAAAGCUAGAAUUUCCAGUUCCAGAUGGAUUUGGGACAUCAGACUUUGGGGAAUCGCUGCGGUUCCAAAAGGUCUUGCAAGGUCAAGAAAUGUUAGGUGCUGAUACUAUUUUCAAUAGUAUCAGUGCUCGGAGUCACCACCAGUUAUCUGAGUUACGAAGGUGCUAUCCUGGUUCAAACUAUCCCGGGAUUGCAUCAACAGGAAAUAGCAUCAGAAUCCCACAAAUGAAUUCUGAUGUUUCCUGCAAUGGCUUUGGCGAAUCGUUCCGAUUCCAGAAGGUCUUGCAAGGUCAAGAAAUACUUCCUAGCCAACCAUACGGAAGAGCCUUGUCUGUCGUCGACAAGGCUUCUAGAAACGGUGGCUUUGGACUUUUUGAUGUGCCGAGAUCCAGAAAUGGAUGGUAUUCUCAAAUGAAUAACUCGCAUUAUCAUCCAUCCGCAUUAAUGUACCACCACCAGCAAGGUGCCAAUCCAGUUUCAAACUUGGAUUACAAUAACAAAAUCAAUCCAGCGAUGGAAGAUAAAGUCCGUCAAAGAGGAUCAUAUCACGCUUCUGAAGACACAAAUUCAUUCGCUACAGAUUCCAUUUCACUACAGAUAGGCAGUCAAGAGUUGGUUUCCACAUGUAAAAGUAGCUGCAGAGUGUUUGGUUUUUCAUUAACAGACGGUGCUCCCGUUGCAAAUAAACAGGCGGAACCAUCUGCAGUCACUAUAAAUCCUGGACCUUCGUCCUUCACAAGGCACGUUGAAGAGGAUUUCAAUCCAAAGCAUUCACUCAGGAGCAAGGCCGUAGAAAGUUAUUGUACCAAAGUAAGCAAUCUUCAUCCUGUGCGAAACAUGGUAAUCGACAGAGUAUUCUAGUACACUAAAAAAAUGAAUCUGCGAGUUUUCGAAGUGGAAUAGUAGAUAGAUGAGGUAAGACAUCUUUGAUCUAUGAUAUGUAAUACAACUUAGUAUUAUUGCAGCAGAAGAGAAUGUUUGAUGUUGUUAUUGUACUUGUGUUUGUUGUAAUAGCUUAGGAUAUUGAGAACCAAAAGAUAUUAUAACUAAUUGCCGAAUUUUAGAUAUUGAUCUUAAAUUGGUUAUGGCUA